UCUCCAACAUCGCAGAAGUCGAAAUCGCUCCUUCGAGGAACAACCAUUUGUUUAUUGAAAUGGCAUUCAAAUUCGUAGUCCUAUCCGCACUCUUGGCAGUGGCUCAUGCCGGAGGUCCAGCCGCGUACAGCAUCUCAACGGCGUCCGCUGAUUACUCGAGCAUCGGUUACACCCAAGAGUCGACGCACAAGGGUUACGCGGGGCAAAACGUUGUGACGAGUUUCAGCAAGCAAGUGGACUCACCGCACUCGUCGGUGCGAGUGAGUAACAACCGUGUGAGCAACGACGCUCUUCUAACACAGACGUACGCAGCGCCGGCUUACGCGUACGCGGCUCACGCAGCGCCCGCAUACGCAUACGCCGCCCCGGCGACUCCAAUCGUCGCGAAAGCAGCGUAUGCUGCGCCAGCCUACGUUGCACCCGCAGCUUAUUCACCGGCAACGGCGGUCUCGCACUCUUCGUUCUCGGCGCCCCUCGUCACAAAGACAACGUACGCCGCACCCGUCGUUGCCAAGGCAGCUUAUGCGGCACCCGCUUACGCUUACGCCGCCCCUGCAGCUCCGCUCGUCGCCAAGGCCGCAUACGUCGCACCGGCCACCUAUUCUCCAGCGAGCGCCGUCUCGUACUCUUCCUUCUCGAGCCCUCUCGUAGCUAAGACUGCAUACGCCGCCGCUCCGGCGUACUCGUACGCCGCCCAAGCCGCACCUCUCAUCGCCAAAACCGCUUAUGCUCCAACGGCCGCUCUCUCUUAUUCGACCUACUCGGCACCCCUCGUCGCCAAAGCCGCAUACGCCGCACCAGCGUACUCUUACGCCGCUCCCGCCGCCACUCCCGUUCUCGCUAAAGCGACGUACGCGGCACCUGCCUACACUUAUGCCGCUCACGCGAGCCCAGUUGUCGCCAAAACCGCGUACGCCGCCGCCGCCGCCGCACCGGUCGUCCACGCAACCUUUGCCGGUUUCGGCACUAGUUACGCUUGGUAAUUUCACUAAAUUUUCAUGUAUUACGAACCAACUGUCAACGAUGUCGAGGAGAGAAGGCUUGCGACGAUGUGAGAAUUUUAUCAAGUGCGCGUUUCCAUGAAAAUACGCACUCGACCGAAAGCAGGUUGCUCUGUACAUUUUGUGGCGUUCAGCCUGAAACACUUUUUAUCGACUUUGUAUAUUAAUAAAUUUUUUGCCUCACCACAAA